AUGGGCAAUAUAGUAAUUUGGUUAAAGCAGAUAAAAUAUUUUACAGCAAGGUUAUGGCAGUGGAAACAUGAGGUUGUUAGAUUACCUGUAUACACGUGGACACCUUCAACUUUUAAGAAGGUAGCUUCAACAUGGGGAUACCCUUUGUUUGUUGAUUACAAUGCAGAUGAUCCUACAGGUUCAAAUAGCAUUAUAGAAUCUACAAUAGCUAAAGAGAGGAGAAAAAUCAGAAAAUUAUAUUUGGAUAAUAGAAAAUCCAAAAUAUCACAUACCAUAUCAACCCAUCAAAAUUCAUCUAUUACACAUGCUUCUUACAUGUCGAAUAACGGAGGUUAUAUAUUCAAUAAUAACCUUCAAACACCACUAUCUAUUAACAAAGAAAAUUUGGUGUUUGGUAAUGCCUCGACAUCCAAAAAUCGUUCAACAAUAAUCCAUAAUUCUUCGUCAAUGAAGUUACCAAGAGGAAAACAUCAAAUAAAAGGGAAGACUCCAUCUGUAUCUGCUAUACAUAUGUUUGACUUGACAUUAGAUGAAGAAAGUAUUGAUGAUCAUAUUAUUGAAGAUAUUUUCCAAGAUUACUUGGAUCAUGGAGACCAGAUUGUUAUAUGUCAGAUUUGUCAUGCAAAAUUAUGGAAAGCUGAAUCGAUUACAUGGCAGAAAAAAGUCAAUACAUCUUAUUCCCUAUGUUGCGGUUAUGACAAAAUUGAGCUAUCAUCUUUAAAAGAGGCACCGCCAUCAUACCGAAAUUUGUAUAGAUCGGUUGAUUCAAAAAGAAAACACUUCAUGAAGAACAUUCGGCGUUAUAAUUCACUUGGACCGACGACCACUUCUACAUCAACUUCAAGAUCAUAUGAUCUCCAGAUUAUAGAAUUUCUGAAGGAUAUGUUAGAUUCAAACAAUGCGUUGGUCAAGUCUUAUAGGAUGGUAAGAGACACUCUUCAUGAAAAUCCUUGUGCUAAUUUGAAGUUAAGAUUAAUUGGAAAAAGAGAACAAGAUGGAAGGACGUAUAACUUGCCAAGUUGUUCUGAGGUUGCCGCUUUAGUUGUCGACGACAUUUGUGAUUCAAUUGAAAAAAGAGAUAUUGUUGUUCAAACUUCAUCAGGAUUAUUACAACAUGGCAAUGAUGAUUAUAGAGUUGACAUUCUUCAUAGAGGUAUUUCAUCUUCAAGUAAUAGCAAGCGCCCGACCUGUAGAAUGAGAGAAUUUUUCACUUACAGAAUUCAAGACAGGGAUCAAUUGUUCUCACUAAUUCUUAAUGCAAAAAGCUUGUUCCAAUGUGAAUCUUAUGAGAAUUUGCGUAAUCAACAAGCACUUGGGAAUACAGAUAUUUCUAACAUCGGCCAACAUGUGAUAUUACCUUCUUCAUUUACCGGUGGUGCACGCUUUAUGAUGCAAAACUAUUUGGAUGCCAUCUCGCUCUGUAAAUGGUUGUUUAAGAUCAAGUUGGUUGCAUUUAUUAAAGAUUUAAGGGAAAAUGAAGUUUUCAGCAAGGUUCAAGCAGUUGAUUCAAAUGGUUUUCCCUUGUAUAGGAGAAGAAAUGAUGGACAUUUUGUUGGAAAAUCUGGUGUUCAGUUAGAUAACAAAAAUGGUCCUGAUAGAGCUACCGUUUCUAUGGAGCGGACCAAUAAUGAUUCUGAUAACAACAAUGCAGUGGAUGAAAUUAAAGAAUACUAUGAUUGUAGAUAUAUUUCUGCAUGUGAAGCAUCAUGGUGGAUUUUUAAAUACGAUGUUAAUUAUAGGCAUCAUGUUGUGAUUAGACUACCUUUUCAUCUUCCUGAUCAACAACAAGUUGUAUAUGAGGCAGACGAUGACAUCAAAGAUGUUCUUGAUCGCCUUUCAAUUUCUUCUUCAAUGUUCACAUCUUGGAUGAAGUGUAAUGCAAUCAAUAAAGAAGCACUAAAACUUACAUAUGUUGAAUUUCCUACAAAAUUUGUUUGGAAAUUGAAAGGUCCUAAAUCCUUCGAAGAAAUUCACACAGUCAAUGGUGAACUAUGUUCUUCUUUUAAAGAUGCGUGUUAUAAUCUUGGCCUUUUAGAUGAUAACAAAGAAUUUAUCGAUGCAAUUAAGGAAGCAAAUCUUCCUGGAUCAGGUUUAUCACUAAACGAAGAUCAACUUAAAAACUUGACUUUGUAUGAGAUUGAACAAAUUUUACUCGGUAACAAUUCCAGCCUUAAACAUUAUGGAAAGAUGCCUUACCCAGAUGCUGAUUCUGUUUCAUCUUCAAACAAUCGUCUUAUUACCGUGGAGCUAGAUUAUGACAUACCAAAUUUAAAGAACGAGUUUGAUCAGCUGUUUGUUGCAUUAACAAAUGAGCAACGAGACAUUUUUCUUGAUAUCAUGGACGCAGUUAAACAUAAUAAGGGAGGUGUAUUCUUUGUUUAUGGUUAUGGUGGAACAUGCAAGACAUUUCUUUGGAAGACAAUUUCUGUAGCAAUUAGAGCUCAAAGUCAGAUUGUUUUAAAUGUUGCUUCAAGUGGGAUAGCUUCAUUAUUAUUGACUGGAGGCAGGACAACACACUCUCGGUUUAUAAUUCCCAUAAACCUUACUGAGGAUUCUUUUUGUAGAAUAAAUCCAAAAAGUGAUCUUGCCAGUUUAGUAAGAAAAACCCCAUUGAUCAUUUGGGAUGAAGCACCCAUGGCACACAAACAUGCAUUUGAAGCUUUAGAUCGAACUCUAAAGGAUAUAUUAAAGUGUGUCAAUCCUACGAAUUUGAUUAUUCCAUUUGGAGGGAAAAUGAUUGUUUUUGGAGGUGAUUUCAGACAAAUUCUACAUGUUGUUCCAGGUGACAGUAGACAAAACAUUGUUAAUGCUUAUUUAAGUUCUUCUUAUUUAUGGCAACAAUGCAAAGUUUAUAUAUUAACAAAAAACAUGAGGUUAACUGUUGGAAGCGAUCCAUAUGCUAUUGAAAAGAUAAGGGAUUUUGCAACUUGGCUUUUGGACAUAGGAGAAGGUAAUCUUGGUGGUCCAAAUGACGGUGAAGCAAUUAUUGAUAUUCCACGAGAUUUUCUUAUUACUAAUCCACAUGAUCCUAUAAUUCUUGGAUUAGUUUUUGUUUAUCCUUAUAUAUUGGAAAACUUCAACAUUGCUGAUUAUUUUCAAGAAAGAGCAAUACUAGCUCCCAAGAAUGAAGUUGUCCAAGAAAUAAAUGAUUGUUUGUUGUCAUUGUUUCCAGGAGAACAAAAAGAAUAUUUAAGUUCAGAUAGCCUAUGCCAAUCCGAGUUUGUUCAUGAUGAGUUUGAUGCAAAUUUAUACUCACCUGAUGUUUUGAAUGGUCUUAAAGUUUCAGGUCUUCCAAACCAUAAGCUCAUUUUAAAAGUCGGUGUCCCAGUUAUGUUAUUAAGAAACAUUGAUCAGAAAAAUGGCUUAUGUAAUGGGACUAGACUACAGGUUAAAUCUUUGGGCAAAUGUGUUAUUGAGGCAGUUAUCUUAUUUGGAAGUAAUAUCAGAAACCAGACUUUUAUUCCAAGAAUGUCUUUAACUCCUUCUGAAGACAAGACCCUGUUCAAAUUCCAAAGAAGACAAUUUCCAUUGGCUGUGUGUUUUGCAAUGACAAUUAAUAAGAGCCAAGGACAGUCUUUAUCGAAGGUUGGUUUGUUCCUCAAAGAGCCUGUUUUCACACAUGGCCAAUUGUAUUUUGUUUUAUCAAGAGUUCAAAGUAGAGAAUGA